CGUUAGUCGGUGGAAGAUAGCGUCAAGAGUAAAAAAAGUACCGGAAAAAUAAUUUUCUGUGCGGUCACAAGCGGUGCGACACCAUACGUAUAAAACAAUCUCCUACGAAGUACAACGAAUAUUUUAAUACAACAAAAGUUAUUAUCAUGAAAAUAUCCGCGAAUACCUGGUGUGUCCUUCUUGGUGUUUUGCUUGUUUUUUGCACUGUGCAUGCAGAUAAAGUCGGCAGUGCUGCUGACUGUCUCCUUCAGGAAAACAGCCUUUUUUGUCUCAAAGAAAAAGUAUCCAUAGAACUUGAUAAAAUUGAAACAGAAGUGUCAGGCAGAAAGAACGAGAUUCCUAUCAGCAAGGUUAUCGAAGAAGCUGGAAGUCUUGUGAGUGAUGGAGUUCAGGUUGCUCUUGGGGUUGAUGAUGCCACUGAUGACUUCAUUGAGGACAGUGAAGAACAGCAAGAGGAAACUCGUGGUAUUGAAGAGGCACGCAAAAAGAAAUUUGGCAAAAAGAAGGCUAAAAAAGGCUUACAAAAGGUUCUAAUGGUCGCCAUGUUGAUUAAAAGCAAAUUGAGUUUGCUUCUGCAGCUGAUAUCAACCCACCUUCAGGUCAAGUUUUUCGUUUUGGCUGUAAUCAGCCUUCUUCUCAACUUAGCACGAUUCUGGAUUGAUUUGAAGAAGACGCACAGUCCUAAUAAAGUCAUCUAUUAUGAACAUGCUCAACAUCAACAUCACUAUGACCACGAAGAUGAUCACGGCGGUUAUUGGGGAAGAGCAUCAAUUGAGUCGCCAGAUGAUUUAGCUUACAAAGCUCAUAUACCUGAGCAUUAAUUAUUUUCCUUUAAAUUAACUGAUGCACGAGUUUUCAUUUAAUUCUUGUUUUACUCACACGAAAUUAUUUAUUUAUUUAUUCAUUAAUAUAUUUAUCUUUGCGAAACCGAUAUUGUCAUUCUAUUACACGCAUUAAAAUUCAUAUCCUCAUCUUAAACUUGUCAUAAUACGGUAGAAAGUUGCGUGAUAAAAUUCUGUCUUUAUAAUUAUUUCUUGUUAUUAUUCCGUGGGUGACAUUGAAUCAAUUAGAAUUCCCGUUAGGUCAAUUUCUACGUGAUACUAUACUGGCGAUAAACGAAGCGUCCUAUGACGUAUGCAUUGAUUAUUAGAAGAAUUAGAAGUAAUUUUUGCAAAUCUUUUUUCCCCUUUAAUAAUAUCUGAAUCUGAUGUAAUUUGUGCAGACUAAAAAUUCGUCAUAGAGAUUUA